AUGCCAAGAGGGUGUCGUAAAGCUCUCGUUACUAUCACUUUGACACAAAAAUGGCUCGUGUUUUUUGGAGGUGACGGCAACAGAAGACGUCGCAAUAUUCCCCGGAUAUUUAGAGAUCGUAUGAAUCCCUUCGACGUGAUGACCGAUCAUGAGCUUUUAAAGAAAUAUCGGUUGGAUAGAAUCACCAUUCUUGAAAUAUGUGUACUUGUCGCUCUGCGUUACUAUGCAACCGGCAGCUUUCAGUCAGUCCUCGCGGAUGGUCAUGGAGUGUCUAUUCACUCUGUUUCAAGAAGUAUUCACGCGGUUUCUGAAUCACUUAUUAGACAAGUUCCCCAACAAAUUAAGUUUCCGACUUCACGUACUGAAAUAAAUACAAAGCAACGAUUCUAUGAAAUAGGCGGUUUUCCAAAUGUAAUUGGUGCCGUCGACGGUACGUACAUACCUUUAAAGUCACCAACUGACGAUGAGCAUUUGUAUGUGACAAGAAAGGGAUACCAUGCAAUAAAUGUCCAGGCUGUAUUUGCAGUCCUUCACAACAUGUGUAUUUCGAGAAAUUUGCCUCUGAUUGAUGACAAAAUAAACCAUGAAGAUGACGACAAUGACAGUGACGUCAAUGGUGACGACAACAAUGAAAAUUAUAGAGAAAACAACAACAACGAUGAUGGUAGACAGGUUCGCGAUAACCUUAUUCGGGAGAUGUUUUCACACGCUAGCUAA